AUGUCUCAAGGUCGGGAAUAUUAUUUUGUGAUUGUUGGGCAUAACGAUCAGCCCCUGUUCGAGAUAGAGUUCCCGGUCGUUGAUCCAAAAAAGAAGCGUGAACCUGAUACCCGACAUUUGAAUCAGUUUAUUGCUCAUGCUUCUUUGGAUAUCGUUGACGAACAAAUUAUCACUAGUUCACAAAUGUAUUUUAAAUUGAUUGAUAAAUUCAAUGAGUGGUUCGUCUCAGCCUUUGUUACUGCAAGUCGCAUUCGGUUUGUUAUGUUACAUACGCAGAAAAAUGACGAGGGAAUUCGACAAUUUUUCCAGGAGAUGUAUGAAAUGUAUAUUAAGCAUUCAAUGAAUCCUUUCUACAGCAUUGAUUCGCCAAUAGAAUCUACAAAUUUCAAUGAAAAAGCGGUUUUUUACGGCAAAAAGUAUUUGUGUUCUUGA